AAAAUGCAAUAAUGUCAGAAAAUAUUUGAGACGAUCGGUACAGUACAUUGGUGUUCAAUAGACGUCAAAAUUAAAGAGUAUAUACCAACUUCCUGCGCAUUACCAACAAAGAAUUAAAGAUGCAUCUUAAAUGUAGCAAACAAAGUUACGAGCUAAUGGUUUUGAAAUUGACCCUCAACAAGCUGCUGCUCUCAGGACCAUUGAUGGAAAAUCAUUGCAAAAGUUGCCUGAGCUCACUAACGAUUUGCAAUCUGAAAAGGGGUGAACAUUUUGCGGAAAUAUGAUAUAAAUCUUAACCAACAAGUUAAUUGCAAUGCAUGAGUUUUAGCAGCACCUUUUUGUAACUAGCGAUUUUAUAGCAGCUUGCAAACGGCGUUUCCUGCUGGCUACAGUGAGGAUGGCCGCGUGGUUUAAAUGUGGGACCCCGUACACUACACUAUCUGCCUCCUUCCCCAACACUGUUUAAUAGCUAGGAUCUGGAGAUGCUGUCUACAGCUCAGCAGAUGCUGCAGGACAGCCGUUCCAAGAUCGAGCUGAUCCGAAUGCAGAUUAUCAAAGUCACCCAGACUGGUGUUGGGGAUGGGAGCAGCAACCAUGACAGCACCAAUCAUGGAGAAGGAAGUACCCCAGUGGGUGUAAAUCCCCUGGACAUCCAUGUGUUUGAGUUAAAUCACUAUGUCCAGAGAGAGACAGAGGUGGUGAAGGUGGCCAGGGAUGUGGUGAAGCAGCUUGAGGAGCUGCCAUCCCAGGACCAAUUGGCCCUGGCUGAGGCCCGGUCCCGUGUGCAAGACUCUUCUCAGAAGCUAGAUCUUCUGCGACUUUCUCUGGAGCACCGCCUGGGGGAGUCAUCUCAGGAGGCUCUCCGGGAGCCUGUCACCAAGCAGGGGCUCCCUACAGUAUCCCCACCCCCUGAGAGACAACAGCAAAAUUGCUUACUUUGCUCCUUCCCCUCCUCCACCUCCUCAUCCUUUCUCAAGCCUGCCUCCCUAACAGGCACACUUGAGGUCAUGCUUCUGGGAUGUGAGGACUUGCUGAAAUCACUGCCAGGACGAGGCCAAAUAACCAGUGGAUCUUCUUCUCCGGAGAGCCCACCAGAUUUCAAUGUCAACAGCCAACCUGAUCACACAGAAAACCUCUCCUUGGAGAUAAGUGCAGUGUUGAAACUGGAUAACAGAGUGGUGGGUCGUACCCACUGGAGACCUUUGAGCAAGCAGGCCUGGAGACAAAGCUUCAGCAUCCAACUGGAGCGGUCUCGGGAGCUGGAGAUUGGGAUCUACUGGCAAGACUGGAGGGUGAUGUGUGCAGUCAAGUACCUGCGCCUGGAAGAGUUCCUGGACAACCAACGACAUACCCUGUGUUUGUGCCUAGAGCCCCAGGGAACACUCUUCACUGAGAUGACGUUUGUCAACCCUGUGAUUGAGCGCCAACCCAAACUAAGGCGUCAGAGGUGCAUUUUCACAAAAGAGAAAGGGAAGAACUUCCUUCGUGCUGCCCAGAUGAACAUGAAUUUUGCCACAUGGGGUCAUCUGAUGAUGAGUGUCCUGCCUCAAUGUUCCUUUACCACUUUGAGUCCGUCUACUUCCUCUGAUGUUGUGGUCAACCCCUCACCUUCUACCAAUAAGGCCACUCGGUCAACCCCCCUACUGCCAGGUGAAGUGCCGGUGAUUAGUCUUCACAUAAGUGAGGAGCAUUUAGCAUUUAAAACGUUUAGCGUUGACCAAGGAAGAAACAUCCCCAACACGGUGUCAACAGCACAUAAAACACCACCUAUGCCUACUCUGACAGAAAAAGAGUCCUCCAUUGAAAACUACACAGAGAGAACAAGGAUGCAGAUGGAAGACUUCAAAUGUAUCUCUGUCCUGGGAAGAGGACACUUUGGAAAGGUACUUCUAGCUGAGUUGAAGAAGACAGGAAAACUCUAUGCCAUUAAAGCCUUGAAGAAGAGGGAUAUUGUAACCCGUGAUGAAGUGGACAGUCUUAUGUGUGAGAGGAGGAUCUUCGAGAUGAUCAACGCAUCGAGGCACCCUUUCCUGGUCAACCUGCACGGCUGUUUCCAGACCAGUGAGCAUGUUUGUUUUGUCAUGGAGUACUCACCAGGAGGAGACCUCAUGAUUCACAUCCAUAAUAACGUCUUCUCUGAGUUGCAGACCAGGUUCUACUCAGCCUGUGUUUUGCUGGGUCUAGAGUUCCUGCAUCUGAAUAAGAUAGUUUAUCGAGAUUUGAAGUUAGACAACUUGCUGAUGGAUGCAGACGGAUUUGUUAAAAUCACAGACUUUGGACUUUGUAAAGAAGGGAUGGGGCAUGGUGACCGGACAUCAACAUUCUGUGGAACCCCAGAGUUCCUGGCGCCUGAGGUGCUUACUGAUGAUAACUACACACGAGCUGUGGACUGGUGGGGCAUGGGCGUCCUUAUCUUUGAGAUGCUUGUGGGAGAAUCUCCAUUCCCAGGAGAAGAUGAAGAGGAGGUGUUUGACAGCAUAGUUAAUGAUGAUGUUCAGUAUCCUGGAUGCCUCUCUCCAGACUCCAUCUCCAUCAUUCAAAAGCUUCUUAAGAGGAAUCCAGAGAAAAGGCUGGGAGCCGGAGAAGGGGACGCAAAUGAAGUCAAGGAAGAGAAAUUCUUCAAGACUAUAGACUGGGAUGCACUGCUAGCUAAAAAAGUGAAACCUCCGUUCCUGCCAAAAAUUAAGGAGUCUGUGGAUGUCAGUAACUUUGACAGCGAGUUCACGAGUCUCCAGCCGAUCCUGUCACCUCCUCCCGUGUCCUGCAGCCUCUCCCCUGAGCAGCAGGAGGCCUUCGCAGAUUUUGACUUCUCAGCCCUGCAUGGAUGAAGCAAUCAGAGACCAGGGUUGCAUCCAGCUAAUGAAAUGGUUGCAUGAACAGUUCCAUAGCACAACCUUUUCAUAACUGACAAUAACUGAAUGUAGCUCGCCCCAACGGUACAUGUAGAUGAGGCGGACUGUCCUCACUGCCAUCAAAAGCCAUCAUCAACAAACUCAACCAAGCAGGAUAUGGGAUAUUCUGCAGGUGGAAAGUAAUUUGAAUGCAACCCUGGUAUUUCUGUGCCAUGAAUUAGUCUGACGGCCAGGUGCUAUGACUGUUUAAUUGUUUAUAGUACCCAGUGAUAUCCAAACAUUAACACUAGUGUGUAAUGCUCUGGAUUUCACUCAAAUACAAUUGGCUGCCAUCUACGAAACAUAACAGAUUUGAUGAGCGGUCUAAUGUGGACAGAAUUUGAGCAUGCUUUGUGGCCUUUGCUUAUUUUGCUAUUAUCAGAUAACUGUUCCCUUUAGAGAGGUACACGCUGCCAUUUCUAUGCAUCACUGUGAGAGGCUUUGCCCACUGCCUUGACUGAGCAAAUGAAAAAGGCUAUUUAUUCCUGUUACAAUGUCUUUUCAAAAUGUUGUUCUGUGUGAAGAUGAAAAAUUCCAUGUUCUCAUACCUGGGUCCAGUCAUUCCCUACCAAUGUGUGUUUUAACUACUAACUCCUACUAACAUAUCUACCUUCUACCUACCAGCCAAUUUAUUAUUUUUAGUGUGACUAAAAUGUGCAUGGCACACUUGUUGUGAACUUAGUUUUAUGUAGACAUUUUCAUGAGAGAAGCCAUUAAAUAAGGUAGCCAUAUUUAUGAAUAAACCAAUAUUGUGGGAUUGAGCACUUAAUGCAAUAACGAGUGAGAUUGUGAAGUGAGAGGCUGAUAGUUGAUUAUGAUAGAAAUAGUAUUUAUUUUGCUAUUAAAACGGUUCAAUAGUUGCUGCUAAGAAUUAUGCAUUACUGUAUGAAUGUAUGUGGAUUACCACAAAGAAAUGUAUAUGAGACAAAAUGAAUGCAUAUUCAUUGAAAUCAUUAGUGUUUUAUUGUGUUGUCUAUGUCAAUAAAUACAAAAAUAUGAAUACAUUA